GCAAGCGGCUGGGGGCGGGGCUGGGGCCGCCGCGCAUUGUGCAGCAGGCGGGCCGGCGCGGCAGGCCCUGGACCGGUGCGGUUCCUGGGCAUGGUGAGCAAGUCGCUGCUGCGCCUAGCGUCUGCGGUCAACCGCAGGAGGAUGAAGCUGCUGCUGGGCAUCGCGCUGCUCGCCUACGCCGCCUCUGUUUGGGGCAACUUUGUUAAUAUGAGCUUUCUGCUCAACAGGUCUCUCCAGGAAAAUGGUGAACUGAAAAUUGAAAGCAAGAUCGAAGAGAUUGUUGAACCAUUAAGAGAGAAAAUCAGAGAUUUGGAAAAGAGCUUCACCCAGAAAUACCCACCGGUCAAGUUUUUAUCAGAAAAGGACCGUAAAAGAAUUUUGAUCACCGGAGGUGCAGGGUUCGUGGGCUCCCAUCUGACUGACAAACUCAUGAUGGAUGGCCAUGAGGUUACAGUGGUGGACAACUUCUUCACUGGCAGGAAGAGAAAUGUGGAGCACUGGAUCGGCCAUGAGAACUUCGAGCUGAUUAACCAUGAUGUGGUGGAGCCCCUCUAUAUUGAAGUUGACCAGAUAUACCAUCUGGCAUCCCCAGCCUCUCCCCCAAACUACAUGUACAAUCCCAUCAAAACACUGAAGACCAAUACGAUUGGGACGUUAAACAUGCUGGGACUGGCAAAGCGUGUAGGUGCCCGUCUGCUCCUAGCCUCCACGUCAGAGGUAUAUGGAGAUCCUGAAGUCCACCCUCAAAGUGAGGAUUACUGGGGCCAUGUGAAUCCCAUAGGACCCCGGGCCUGCUACGACGAGGGCAAACGUGUCGCAGAGACCAUGUGCUAUGCCUACAUGAAGCAGGAAGGUGUGGAAGUACGGGUAGCGAGAAUCUUCAACACCUUUGGACCACGCAUGCACAUGAACGACGGGAGGGUUGUCAGCAACUUCAUCCUGCAGGCACUGCAGGGGGAGCCGCUCACGGUAUAUGGAUCCGGGUCUCAGACAAGGGCAUUCCAGUAUGUCAGUGACCUGGUGAAUGGCCUGGUGGUACUCAUGAAUAGCAAUGUCAGCAGCCCUGUCAACCUGGGGAACCCAGAGGAACACACUAUCCUGGAAUUUGCUCAGUUAAUUAAAAACCUUGUUGGUAGUGGAAGUGAAAUUCAGUUUCUCUCUGAAGCCCAGGAUGACCCACAGAAAAGAAAACCAGACAUCAAAAAAGCAAAGCUGAUGUUGGGAUGGGAGCCUGUGGUCCCACUGGAGGAAGGACUGAAUAAAGCCAUUCACUACUUCCGGAAAGAACUGGAGUACCAGGCUAACAACCAGUACAUCCCCAAACCAAAGCCUGCCAGAAUAAAGAAGGGCCGGACGCGCCAUAACUGAGUGGCUCUUAGGACACGAGACUCCCUGUUUUACACUCGAUGAGAUGGACUUUUGUGAGAUUCUUUUUGUUUUUGUUUAUUAUUUUUUUAAAGGACUUAAACAGGUGUCAUGAAGAACAAACUGGAAUUUCAUUCUGAAGCUUGCUUUAAAGACGUGGAUGUGCCUAAAAGUUCCCUCAAAACCUUAGACUUUGCCUUGCACUUUUUGAAUCUUUUUAUGUAAAAUAGCCUAGAUGCAUCUCGCUAUUUUCAGGUUUUUUAUCUUGCUGUUAGAGUGUAUGUUGUAACUGUCAUUGACAGUUUUAUUUACUGGUUUCUUUGUGAAGCUGAAAAGGAACAUUAAAUGGGAUGAAAAUGCCAAUUUUAUUUAUAAAAGUAGGUACUUAUAAAUGAGACGUUAUACUAUGCAUAAGAAUAAAAAUCUUAGCAGUAUUGUCAGGUGGGUGGUGCACCGGCAUUUAUUUUGGGACAGAUGAAAGAAUUCUGUUUUAGAGCUUUAUGUUUCUUUUUUAAUUCAGAAUUUUCCCAAGGUCUAGUGUUUAGUUACAAACUUGACUUUGAAAUAUCUCUGGUUAUCUUGAUCAAGGAUAAUUUGAAAUCACUACUGUGUUGUGCUGCGUAUUCAGGAGGAGGGGUGGGGAACAAAGUUAACAUAUUCUUGGUUAACCAUGAUUAAAUAUGCUAUUUUAAUAAAAUAUUGAAAAUCCUCAGUCACAGACCUUCAGUUACAAA